GUUCAAUAUGAAGUUGAGGUGUGAGUCAGUUAUGAGCCAUGACAAGGAGCAGCUGCCGUAGUGCACAUGGCUUUUUGUGAGGAUUACUCCAGCUUAGGGAUAAGAACUCUUUGCUGAUUGGUCCUACUGAAAGCAUGCCACUUUGCCAGCUCAACAGGUUGCUUGCUUGGAAUUACACCUGUCCAAUGAUGGUGGUCAUGAUCGUGCCUGAGUGAGUGAGUGUGGCCUCGUUUAGGAUGUAAAUGGUGAAGGAACCUGAACUGUCAACUAAAUGUGAGGGCAUUGGCUGCGGGAAGUCAUGAUGGUGCUUUACAAAGGGCCGCGGUUGUUGGACUUUGCGAAGACCCCUACACACCUUCAGUUCAACAAAUAUGUCCUGACAGGUUACCGGCCAGUGUCCACGGCUCAAGAGUGCCUCAGGAGCAUUUUCUACAUGCACAAUGAGCUGGGGAACAUUUACACACAUGGCAUCCCUUUUUUCCUUUUCUUGGUGCUGCUGCCUUUUAGUAUCCCCUGGAUGGAGGUGGACAGCAUCUGGAUCUGUGCGGUCCACUACCUGGCUUGCCUCUGUCCCACUGUGGGCUCAGUGGUCUACCAUGUGUUCAUGAACCAUGUGGGAGGAGAACAUGUGUAUGACACCCUGCUCUCCCUGGACAUGUUCGGGGUCUGCCUAGUUAACACGUUGGGGGCCCUUCCCAUCAUCCACAUCACCCUUCUUUGCUACCCAGUCAUUCGACAGGCUUCCUUGCUGGCCUACAUCCUCCUGUCAGCCUACGGUAUCUACUGCGCCACCACAGCCCGUACUAACAUCCUGCGCCUACGAGCAUUUAUCUGGCAAGCCCUGUUCCGCUUCAGCCUCUUCCUGUUCCGAGUGUACGGCAGCGGGGUGGGAAGCCCAAACUCCCUGCGCCUCUUUGUCACCAUGGACUCUCUGGCUGUACUGGGAGGGCUGGUCAACAUCAUCCAGAUCCCUGAACGCUUCAGCCCAGGCCUGUUUGACAACUGGGGCAACAGCCACCAGAUAAUGCAUGUCAUGGUUAUUUGCUCAAUUAUCUACCUGCAUUGGGGCACACUGGAGGAUUUAGCCUGGAUUAAGACCUACCAGUGUCCUACUGAGUGAUGCAAAGUGUGUCCUGUACACACACAAAUACACUCACGGCUACGCUGAUGGCCGAUAGAAAUGAGAUUUAGGAGGAGGCAGGAAGAGUUAAGCGUAAAGAGAAGAACAUGUUUCAAAAUGCACUUUAGUUCUAGCUGCUGAAAUUCUUUGCAAGGGAAGUUUACAAUUUGACAUUUUGCCAGAGCAGAAUAAGAGGAACUUACAGUGUUGUAACUGUGGAACUUGGAUAUCACUAUAUUAAAUUAAAAAUCCUGAGCAAACUUGAUUUUUAGUUUGUUAAAAUGCAGUAGUUUUGGGUCAUAUUACCCAUAACCAAAAUAGGUUUUAAAAUGGAAAAAGAAAACUAUUGUAUGUAAUAAAUGAUAUAUUUUUA